AGAACUUAGUAAUGAUCGUUGCACUCUUAGAAUUUGUAAUAGUUACCGGUUUAAAUAAACGAAAAGGGGUCAGUUUUUCAUUGAAUGCACCAAAUAAGAUACCAAUUCGUGGUUUCUUAUUAGAUGAUAAUGAUGACAAGGUUUUAUCUUCAAAAUUAAAAUCGAUUGAAAAAGUGAUAAAUUCCCAACAGGACCAAUUGAACAAAAUAAUAGCGGCUUCGAAUGAUAAUAUCCACAGCGUUUCUGCAAUUAAAUCCAAGCUCACAGAUCUAGGUAAAACCGUCAAUGGUUCGAUUGAAAAAGUGAUGGAUUUCCAACAGGACCAAAUGAACAAAAUAAAAGCAGAUUUGAAGGAUAGUAGCCAGAGCGUUUCUGUAAUUGAAUCAAGGCUCACAGAUCUUAUUAAAGCAGUCCAUGGUUCGAUUACAAAAGUGAAGGAUUCCCAAAAGGACCAAUUGAACGAAAUCAUAGCAGCUACAAAGUAUAAUAACAACAGCGUUUCUGCAGUUAAUUCAAAGCUCACAGAUCUUAGUAAAGCAGUACAUGGUUCGAUUAAAAAAGUGAAGGAUUCCCAACAGGACCAAUUUAACAAAAUAAUAGCAGCUUCGAAGGAUAAUAGCAACAGUGUUUCAGCAGUUAAAUCAAAACUCACAGAUCUUAGUAAAGCGGUCCAUGGUUCGAUUAAAAAAGUGAAGGAUUCCCUACAAGACCAAUUGAACAAAAUAGUAGCAGCUUUGAAGGAUAAUAGCAACAGCGUUUCUGCAGUUAAAUCAAAGGUCACAGAUCUUGGUAAAGCGGUCCAUGGUUCGAUUAAAAAAGUGAAGGAUUCCCAACAGGACAAAUUGAACAAAAUAAUAGCAGCUUCGAAAGAUAAUAGCAACAGCGUUUCUGCAAUUAAAUCCAAGCUCACAGAUCUUAGUAAAGCUGUCAAUGGUUUGCAAAAAGCAACAGCCCAACUGGCUGGUCCGGCUAGUGAUGGUUACAUUGGAUGUUACUUAGAUGAUUCUCGGAGACAUCUCAAGCAUAGAAUAAAGUACUUUGGGAACUCUAUAACUUUGGUAAAAUGUCGUGAACAUUGCAAAGGCUAUAAAUACACGGGUUUGCAGAAUAGUGACCACUGCCUUUGUGGAAAUAAAUUAACAAACAAAAAGUAUCCAAGGGUACCAGAAUCUAAUUGUAACGCAGCAUGUCGUGGAGAAUCGAAUCGAAAAUGUGGAGCAGCCUGGAGAAACUCGAUAUAUUUAGUCAAACCAUAAGCGAGAUGAGAAAUACAGAAAAGAUGCAGAAGAUCAGCAUCAAAAUAAAAUAAUACACUUCAA